AUGGCCGCGGCGGCGUUCUGCGCCGUCGGCGAGGCGCACCCCGGGGAGGCCAUCACGACGCACGUCGCCGCGCAGCUCGAGGUUCUGCUCGAGCGCAGAGAAGACGCGUUGACGUUGAAAAUCGUGCGCGCGCUCGGCGGCGCGUGCGUCGCCCCCGGGACGCCCUACUGCGCCUUCGCGUCGCGGUGCAUCGCGGAGACGGCGCGCCGCGAGACGAUCGCCGCGGUCACCGCGGGCGUGGAGACCGCGACGCGAGGCGACGACGCGAUCGAGGCGAACCGCGCGUGGCGGCGGACGUUCGGAGAGGCGGUGUUUCGCGCGGCGAGCGCGAUUCUCGGCAGCGACGACGGCCGCGGCGGGACGCACAGCGCGUUAACGCCAGCUCUCGAGGCGUUACUUUCGGAUGAGCACGCGCUCGACGCCGCGGAGCGAAGCCUCGCGGAGGCGACGUUGAGGGACCCGGACGUCGCGCGGUCGCCCGAGGCGAAAGCCGCGAGCGGCGGCGUCGAGCGGAAGAAGAGCUACUACCAACGCGCGAAGAAAGCCGUAGGGUUCAAGUCGCCGACGCCGGUCUCGACCUCGACGAACGCCGCCGCGAACGGCGACGCCGGCCCGAAACGGAAGCUGACCAUGGAGGAGAUGCGCGCCGCGAUCGAGGCCGCGGAGGCGGAGGGUCAACAGCUGGCCGGGUCGGGGGCGAACUUGAACGCACAGCAGCCGAACUCGCCCGGCGUCGCGACGGUGUCUUUAUCCGAGCUCCUCGACGGAGGCGGCGACGGCGACGGGGGGGACGCCGGCGGGAGCGGGACGACGGCGACCAGCCUCGGUCUGGACGACUCCACGCUCGCGGACGAUCUCGAGGACGACGACGAGGAGGUCCGCGCCGCCGCCGCGGCCGCGGCGGCGGUGCUGGCGUCCGGCGGCGCCGUCCCGAGCGCGGCGAAGAAGCGAUCCGUCUUCUCCGCGUUCAAAAAGAAGUGA